AAAGCCACUUGGAGUCACCACUUAUCGAUGCUGGGAUCUAGAGAUUUUUACCGUGUUCAAAUCAGACACACCAGAGGAGGGCAUCGGAUCCUAUUAUAGAUGGUUGUGAGUCACCAUGUGAUUGCUAGGAAUUGAACUCAGGACCUCUGGAAGACCAGCCAGUGUUCUUAAAUGCUGAGUCAUCUCUCCAGCACACAAGUCAAUUUUUGAUUUGUAGUUUGUGUUUAUUUUUGCGACAGUCCCACUCUGUAUAUCAAGGUGGCAUUGAACUCCAGGAAGGAAAUUCUGAGGGGAGUUUGAGAGGAUCAUUUUUCCUGAAAAUCAGUCACAAUGAGUGUUGACUCCCUACCCACCCUCUUUCAGUGGGCAAGAGACAAUCUACUGAAGGAGGAAGCUUUAGCCAUUUCUGCUCUGGAGGAACUGCCCAUUCAUCUAUUCCCAGAGAUGUUCAAGGUAGCCUUCACUGAUAGGCAUACAAAGGUCCUGAUUGCAAUGGUGUCUGCCUGGCCCUUCCCAUGCCUUCCUGUAGGAACCCUAAUAGAGGACCCACAUCUGGAGACUUUGAAAGCAGUGCUUGAUGGGUUGAAUGUCCUGGUAACAGGGAAGGUUCAUUCCAGUAGGUGCAAACUCAGAGUCCUUGAUUUGAGGAGGAAUGUGCACCAUGACUUCUGGAGCAUACAGACUGGAUCCCAUGAAGAUAACUGCCCAGCACAGAUCGUGGCACAGAAGCAGCCAGUGGAGACCUGCCCUAACCCUAGAAGGGAGAUACCUUUUAUGGUGGUGACCGACUUUGAACUCACGCAGGAGAGUUUCGAUGAAUGGACCAUAUACUUGAUGCAGUGGAUCCAGGAGAGAAAAUCUUCCAUUCAUCUAUGCUGUAGGAAGCUGAACAGUUGUGCCUCACCAGUCUCUAAUGUCAUAGAGAUCUUUAAAUUGGUGGAUUUAAACUGUAUCCUGGAGCUACAGCUGAGUCAGUGGUGGCCUGAAGUCCUGGAAGAACUUGAUCCUUACCUGGAGGGAAUGAAUAAUCUUCACACACUCAUGUUAGAGGGAUUGAAGCCCUUCAGAUUUACUGCUUGUGAAGAAGACCAGGAAGACGAGUGGCAAAGCACGUUGCCUUCUCUGCUCUCCAACUUUGGCAGUCUCCAGAAUCUCUAUUUGAAUGAUAUCUACCUUCUAGAAGACUCCCUUGACAAGUGGCUUGGCUGCCUGAAGACCCCUUUGAAGACCUUGUCAAUUACGGACUGCCCUAGGCUCUUACAGUCAGACUUCGAGUGCCUGCCAAAUUGUCCGAAUAUUUGUAAGCUCAAGCAUCUGAACCUGAAUGCUCUGUUUCUAUCUGAUGUAGGCUAUGAGAUUCCAGGGCUCAUCCUUGAGAAAGUCACAAGUACCCUGCAAAUUCUGGAACUGGAGAGGUGUGGAAUGACAGACCCUCAUUUCAAAGCCCUCAUGCCUGCUCUGAGCAAAUGCUCCCAGCUCCUUAAAGUCAGCUUCUGUCAUAAUGAUAUCUCCCUGCGUGUCCUGAAGACCCUUCUUUGUCACACAGCCAAACUGAGCCAGCUGACCCAGGAGCUGUACCCUGCCCCUCAGGAAUGCUAUGAGGAUUACAAGAUACUUAAAGACAGAUUUAAGAAACUUUGUCCAGAACUGCUGAACAUACUUAAGGCCAAAAGGCAGCCCAAGAAAGUCUCUUUUACUACACAAACCUGCUUGAAGUGUUUACAUUCCUGUCAUUAUUAUUAUAACCUGGAGGCUACAGAUUGCCUUUGUCAGUGCAUUUGUCAGUAAGUAGAAUAAGGUUGCUUCUGGUACCAAGAAUUGAGCACUAUGUAUGUGGAUGUCCUUAUUUGCAUGUAAUAAAUAUUCUGAG